AUGGAUUGGGGUUGGAGUAGUUUCGAGGUCACAGAAUCCACAAUUAUAAAACUGAUUUGUGGGAAUAAUGGAGCAAUAAACUACGAUGAACUGUUGUCAAAUUUGACUUACGGCUCACUGGGGAGCAUUGCAUGUACUAUUGAAAACAGUGACAACUUUGCCGUCGUUAACUCAAACGGAGAGAAGAGGGUGUUAGUAAAAACUAAACUUAAAUUAUGUAAAGUCCUGAAAUGUGCUGGAUGCGGAAAUCUACACCUCUGUAAAUUAUACUUGUAUGGGAAUUGUCGAAGGCGGGUGUGUCAGUUUAGCCAUGACCUACAUUCAGGGCACAACACCAUACUGCUACAGGAGCAUAACCUGCAGGACCUGCUCAAAGAGGAGCUGCGUGUCCUGUUGCUUCAGAGUGACACUUCCUUACUGCCAGCGGUGUGCCAUUCAUAUAAUAACGGAACAGGAGAGUAUGGUAAAUGCCAGGAUGGAGAGAACUGCAAGAGGCUCCAUAUCUGUGAGAAGUACCUCAGAGGUCCCUGCACAUGUACUCGCUUGCAUGACUUCCACGCUGCUCAUCCAUGGAAAGCCCUGAGGGCCAAAGGGGUACCCAGUGAGCUUCUGACUUCUAUGAAGGCAGUGUACACCAACAUUGAGGCUCUACGAGACUUCAACAAAGGCAAGAAUCCGAGGUCUGGUCCAAAACAGGGCGCCGGUGCUGCAGGUUGUUCUAAUGCUAAAUUUGGCUCAAGGCCCGGUAAAGGCCAGGGUUCUGAGCCCAAGACCACCCAGAACAGUACUUCCAUUCCAGAGAUUUGCAUGUACUUUGUCAAGGGAAGCUGUAAGCAUGGUGACAAAUGUAGAAGGGAACAUUCAAAACUCCCUUAUAAAUGGGAGGUGAUGGAUGGUCAGGGGUGGGCUGCUCUUCCAGACAAUGAGGAAAUUGAAAAAGACUUCUGUAAUCCAGCCAAAACUUACAGUACGGGAAUUGAACCAGUGUGCUUCGAUACAAUGACCAAGGGAUUACGCCGUGUCCGGCGUCUGUCUACUGUCUCCUCUGUGAUCCAGCCCACUUUCAUCCUUACGACUGAGUGGGUCUGGUACUGGGAAGAUGAGUAUGGCAAAUGGAUCCAGUAUGCAUCAAUAAAAGGGGGUCACAACAUGGCCUCUCUUGGCUGUGAGGACCUGGAGCAGAAAUAUCAGGAGAACAACAAUGCUGUAGUUGAGUUCACAGCAGGGUCACAGACCUAUGAGCUCAGCUUCCAAGAUAUGAUCCAAAAAAAUAAGCGUUAUGGCACCAAAAAGUUGGUGAGAAGACGUCCUGUCUUUGUAUCCUCAGCUGAUGCACAAAAGAUCAGAACAAGCAAAAAGCCAUUGAACAAUCAAUUAAAUUUCAAAGCAUUGCCGGACAACUGGGAUAAGUCCUUGACACCUGAAACGGGAUACAAGAGAGUGACCCUGCAGAGAACCAGCAGUGAGUAUAAGGAGAUCCUGGCCAUGUUCAAUAAGACCAUGCAUGACUUCAGUGUUGUGCAGAUUGAGAGGAUUCAGAAUAGGGCACUGUGGGAGGUCUAUCAGUGGCAAAGAGAUUUCAUGAAAAAGCAACACUCAGACAAGAAUGUGACAGAGAAGCAACUCUUCCAUGGAACUGACUCCAAACACAUUGAUGCCAUCUGCACAAACAACUUUGACUGGAGGAUCUGUGGAACUCAUGGGACUGCGUAUGGGAAGGGAAGCUAUUUUGCUAGAGAUGCAAGAUACUCUCACAGUUACACUGGUCAGUCUGGAACCAGGUCUAUGUUUAUUUGUCGGAUUCUGGUUGGAGAAUACACCAAGGGACACUCAAGCUACCUCCGCCCUCCCUCCAAAGAUGGUGGGGACACCAUUUUCUAUGAUAGCUGCGUGGAUGAUGUGUAUAACCCCUCCAUAUUUGUUGUAUUUGAGAAGCAUCAGAUAUACCCUGAGUACCUCAUCCAGUACAGAGAGGUGACACCAGCUUCAGCAGUGGACAGCUUUUACUAUCAACCCGUGACCAGACAAGCAACAGUGUAUAAUCCAAAACCGGCACCGGCACCAGCACCAGCACCAACACCAACUUACAGACCCCCAGCACACACUUACAGACCAGCAGCGGCAGCCUCAAGUCCUGCUCCAUCUGUCUCUUCCUUCACUCAGAGCUACAGUACUCCAAAGGCCAAGUCUGAUAAUUCCUGUAUCAUCAGCUGAUGAGUUGAGACAGUCAGAAUUUUAAGUGAAAUGAGAGAAAGUAUAAAUUGUGUCUUUAACAUUGUUUAAAAACAUGUAGUGGCAUUUGCACUACCUUGCCUUAUGCUGUUGUAGCUUGAAGGAGUUUGUUGUUUAUUUCCAAACUUAAACCUGCUUCUUAGGUUGUGUGAAGAUUUUGAAAGUUAUACAUCCAAGUGACAGAAAUGGGCCUGAGCCACUAUUUCAAGCAUGCUUAUGUGCUACUGUCUCAAAACCCUAAUUUUUUUCAGUCAAUACUAAUGAGCACUCAUUUGAGAAAUAUUGUGUCACACAACAACUCAAUGCAUUUUGCCAAUGACUCAAUAUGUUUUGUUCAAUCAAUAUUGUGUCAGACAAUAGCAUUUUGAUUGAAACUGUUUUCAUUCCUCUUUCAUAUUUUCUAAUUUUAUGUAACGCAAUGUCUAAUCAGUACGUUCAAUCUAUAACACAACACCAGACACAUUACAGCAUGGUUCCUCAGCCCUGUUCCUGAAGAUGUGGAAUCCCAUUGGUUUUUCAUAUCAACUGAACACUCUAGUCUCUGAUUGGCUUAAGCAAACACCUGCUUCCCCAGUUAAAAUCUAGCUUCUAAUCUUAAAAUAAGGGCAGAAACCAGCAGGGCUUUGAGUCUGCAGGAGCAGGUUUUAGGAACUUUGCAUUAUGGUGGUGAAAGAGAGUAACAGGCUUGAGGUUUCUAAAAAUGGCUUGAAUAAAAAUGCAUGUUCACGAAGGUGCCCUCCUCUCAGUUAAGCACCAGUGACCAUACAAUGAGAGAGGUGGAAGCUGAUAUACAGCAUUGCUUUUGAGCCGUUUCAAUGCUUCUUGAAAUUAUAGACUAUCACCUCUUUUUAGGACAAUGAAAAGGUUAUUAGGUCAGGAUCAUAUUUAGCAAACUUGUUUCAAUACAGUAUCUGGAAAAAAACA